CAACACGGAGCGACAAAUUGAAAACAGAGAUGGCGCGGUUGGUGUGUGCCGUAUGCUGCUAUUGACGCUGGAACAGUGAACAUGACUGCUCAGCUGUUCGUGGUGCUCACUGCCGGACAGAAAAGACCAAUAGAAUGUAGAACAAUGGCGUCGCAAAGCUACAAAAAGGCGCAUUUAGCCGGACAAUGCUAACCAAGCUAGCCACCCUGUGCUUUGUUUACAGUGGAGGGAGCGAAUGUUAGCUAGUAUUGACAUCAAGCCUUAAAAGUAUUAUUAAUGUGGCAUGAACCCUGAAACAGUGUUAUUUAUAGACUGCAUUUCCACAGCUGAUAUCUGUGCACGUUAGAAGGUACAUUCAGUGCAUAUUUUUUGUAUAUCUGUAGUUAGUUUGGUGAGCGUUGUUCCAAACAUCUGGUGCACCGCUGUUGGACAUCAGUGAAAUCUGUGACAAUGGUAGUCAAUGGAAAGGUCAUCCCACACACCCCACUGGCUGUGGACUUUUGGUAUGUACGGAAAUGUCCAGGGACCCGGCUGUUUUUUCUGUCCCACAUGCACAGUGACCACACCAUGGGCUUGACCUCCACCUGGUGCCACCGGCCCAUCUACUGCUCCCCGACCACGGCCACUCUGCUCACACUCAAACUGCAGGUGAAGGAACAGUGGAUCCAUCCACUAGAGCUGGGGGAGCCACACCUGCUCCCACUGGAUGAUAUCGGCAAAGAGAGGCUGACUGUCACACUUAUUGAUUCCAACCACUGCCCAGGAUCAGUCAUGUUUCUGUUUGAAGGCUACUUUGGCUCCAUACUGUACACUGGUGAUUUCAGAUACUCUCCCUCCAUGCUAUGUGAGCCAUGCCUGAGGACUAAUACCACUAUCGAUGUCCUAUACCUGGACAACACUAACUGUGACCCCAACCGCACCCUGCCUUCCAGACAGCGAGCCACACAACAAAUCAAAGAGAUUAUCCGCAGCCACCCCAACCACAUUGUUGUCAUAGGCCUGUAUGCACUGGGGAAGGAGUCCCUGCUAGUGGAUUUGGCAAUGGAGUUUAAAACGUGGAUCGAGGUGACUUUUCAGAGGAUGGAGAUCCUCAAAGCCCUGGAGCUGCCAGAUGUUUUCACGACGGACCGUGGAGCUGGACGUAUCCGAGUCGUGGAUCAACUGGAGAUCAAUUCAGCCAAUUUGGAGGAGUGGAACAGAGCGGAGCCCACUUUGGCUAUUUUGCCCACUAGCAGACCCCUGGUUUCCUUCCACCCUAAUGUUCACGUGGUGCCCUAUUCGGACCACUCCUCUUAUCAGGAGCUGGAGGACUUUAUCUCUGCGCUUAAACCUGCCUCUGUGGAACCUAUUGUAGGAAACUGCCUGUCUGGAGGCCUCUCUGCAAUACUACCCAGGAAAAAGCGAAAUGAAAUCCUGGUCCCUGAGUCCGUGCAGCGCUACAUGUUGAGGCAGCCUGAGAUCCAGCAGAGGUCAUCUGAAUACAUCACCUGUCACAACACAAAUUACAGGCCUCUAGGUCCAAGGGGAGUGGUAUUUGAUUCUCCUGGAAACACAUCCAAGAACUCAAGUGAGGAUGCCUGUCACACCGAUUGUAUGGAGCACUCUGAGGAAGAGGACAUGGACACAGAAAGCAGUGAAAGGGACUCUGUCUGUAUUCUGGGUGACUUUACAAAAACACCUACAUCUAACAAACACAGAGGACAGUUGGCGGAUCUGUGGAGCCUUAACAUUGUCCAGACAGUCUCGGAAGAAAUGGUGAUGGCAGAAUCUGUGCAGCUGAGUCAACUCACCCAGAGCAACUUUGCUCCGGUGGAGAUCCUGACCAACACCAAAGCCUGCCUAAUCCCUGUCAAUACCACGAGAAGGCCUUUUGAAACUAAUGCCAGAAUAAUCGAGGAAAUGAACAGUAGUCAGCGGUAUGGGGACGGGGACCCGAAGAACAACCACACACUGUCAGAUGGUGACAGCAUGAGUCAGCACAGUGUCAGUGACCACAUGUCAGAUGACAAUAACACGAGUCAGCACAGCAGACAUGGAACUGAUCACAUUAGCACAGAAACCACGCUGCAGAACAGUAGUGAUAAUGUUUCCUGCACUUUUAGUGAAGAACAGCUAGAGGAGCAGGACAACUCCUUAUUAAAGAACCUUCCUUUCACCGAGGAGGACUUCAGUGCCCGGGGCCUCCUGGAUCUCAGUUUUAUGAAACAGUAUCGCCUCUGUCCUUACAAUGACGAUGACACAGACAGCGAGACAUAAAGUUACAGUUUCUGCCUUGUGUAAUGGAUCUGGAUGUCUAAGUGUUAGGAAAGCAAAAGAAUUCUCAGUUAUAAUGGGUCAAUGAUGUCAUUCUAUGGUCUUUUAUUUCUGCACCACAGACUGUAUUUGUUGGCACUAUUUUGAUCAUAGACUCUGGAAACUAAUUUUAAAAGCAAUAUAUUUGUCAGAUUUUAAAUUAUUUUAUAUGCUUAUCUUGUUUCAUAAAAAGCCACAGUAGCAAAUCUAAAGAGAGACAUUUUUCCAUAUGCUGACUCUAUGUAGUCCUUAUACUGUUUUCAUCUUGAUUCGUCACUAACCUGCAGCUAGUAGGCUGAAUGCGGUUCACGUCUGUGAAUGCUUUGGUGUCCACACUUAUCAGAGUUGAGCGCCCAUCAUGGCACACUGGUGAGUCCAGCAGAACACUUUAACAACUUGGUAGCAUAUUGAGCUUAAUUUAGCACCGUUAAUGCUGAAGUAAAUGGAGAGCAGCUGCACUCAGAUGCCAUGUGUGAGCUGUAAUCAGACAGUGAAGUUAUACAAGACUAGAUAAACAUCAGCUUGUCGUCUUAUUUAGGCCGAUAGCAGAUCGAUCUGUGAAUCCCUGAUGUGUGUAUUUGUGUUACUGUGAGCACUUUGAAACCAGGGUACUAUUUCCUGUGUUCUUACCCUUAGUAUCUCUGUAAGGUUAUCAUUUGAAUUGGGUUUCUCCUUCUCAUGUGCACUGGGAUAGCCAGAAAUUUAAAAAUUAAACCAGUUUAACUAUUAAACUGUUAGAUAAAAAAGAUACUCCCCUUAUACCAUAGUACUAUUUUCCUCCCAUCUAUGCUGAAAAAGAAACUUUUGUAGAUAAAAGCUGUGCUGUUUCUUUACUGUGAGUCAGAGGUUGUUGUUUUUAAAUAUUCAGUUUUGAUGUAAGAUUUCAAAAAGCUUUCCGUUGCAUUCAGUCCUUGUUGCUUGUUUAAUAUUGCUACUUGUGUUUGAUGAGUUAACUUUUCCGUGGUGCCAUUGGAAAUAAGAAUCAGUGGCUUUAUAAUGUUUAUGAAACACAUAAAUGUGGGAUUACCUUUGUCUGACCAUGGUUUCUAAGUGCUAUUUUCAACGUGUGGACAAUUGAGUUAUCUAUUUGUGAAGUUUAAAAACGAUACUGAAGGAGCUCCCAUUCCCAGAUGAGGAGCUGGACCCUUCUGGAACAGCUUUGUGCCAUAGUUUCCUUGCUGUGUCCUGUACAAGGACAAUAUGGACAAUGUGACCUGAGGUUUUUACCUUGUGUAAUGUGUGUUUAUGUGUACUGUUACAGGCACUUUAAAGCCAGAACACGUCUUCUGUUAGUCAAGUUCCUUCUCCUUUUCUUUGGGGUGCCUCCAUCUGAUUUGGGCUGAGAUACCCUCCAAAUAGAAAAAAGCUCAUAACAG